AUGUUAAUUGAUGUUUUUAAAUUUUGACUGUCGUCGGUUUAAUUCUCAGAAGGAGACGCUACUCGGCGCUCUCCAUUCGUUCUUUCUGACAAUACAUACUAAUUUGGUCUCCAAUUGGUGUUUUAUUCAAAGGACAUUUCAGUCUUACCUGUCCAUCAUUUAAAAGCUGGUUUCUGAAAUACUAUUUAAAUAACAACGUAUGACUGGCUGGGUAACUUGACUUAAAAUUUUAAAAGAUCUGACGCGUCAUUUAACCUGCAGCACAAUUAAGUUCAGCCUGCAGCCGAGACCAUUCAAGCAUUAUUUAUCAAGUGGCGGCGUCCUGCUUUUAUAAUGUCCGCUACCCCACCCUUCACCUCCAUACCCUCUCUGGUUCCCUUCCACAGAUGAGAAAGGGAUAUCGUGAUUGUCUUGGGGGAGGUGUAAAGACACGAUUGUUUUUCCAGUCGGGUGUGUGAGCGCCAUGUAGCAUAACUAAAGUUGUCUAAACAUACUCGGAAGCAAAGCUCGCAUGGACCGGAGGGUUUUUAGAUGUAAUUCAAUUGUAUGUCUGCUUCUUCAAUAACUUGGUGUCGUUCAGUUUGGCGACACGCGUAGCCUACUUUUUAGCGUUUUUGAAGCGUUUUUUACUAUCAGGGAAUGGGCAGCCGACGAAGAGGAAUCACGCAGCUGGAAGUUCGGCGAAUAAGUCGCCGAAGCAUGUAUCUAUAAAGUUACUGCGGAGCCUCCCACGGGCAGGGCAGAAGAUGUUCGUGGAGGCAGCUGUCCAGUGGUGGGUGUGGCCCACCAUUGUCUGUCUUAUGCCAAUGGCUUGGGUGCGAGUGGUUGACUCUUCCCUGCCCUGUCCCCAGAAGUGUGACUGCUGGCUGGAGACAUUGCAGGCAAAUUGUUCCGGAAGGUUGCUGGUGACGGUACCCGAGGGCUUCCCUAGCAACACCCGGCUUCUGGACCUGUCUCGGAACCAGCUGAAGACGCUGAGCUACAAGCAGUUCUCCAGCCUGACGCACCUGCGCGAGUUGAACCUCAGUGACAACUUGCUGUCCAUGAUCGAGGGGGAGGCCUUCCAGGGCCUGCAAAGUCUGCACACACUGAGGAUCAGGAACAACCGCCUGAAGGUCCUCCCUGCAGGCAUCUUCUCGGGGCUUCAAAAUCUGCGCAUGCUCGACAUCAGCAGAAACGAGAUCGUGAUCUUGCUUGAUUAUACCUUCCGUGAGUUGGGCAGCCUGCAGCAUCUGGAGGCUGGGGAGAAUGACCUCGUGUUCAUCUCACCGCAAGCCUUUGUGGGUCUAAACAACCUGCAGGAGUUCAACCUGGACCGCUCCAACCUGAGUAACAUUCCGAGGGAGGCCUUCUUCCAGCUCCAGGCCCUCACGCAACUACGUCUCCGGCGACUCAACCUCAGCGUGCUGCCAAACAACUCCUUCCGCCGGUUGAGUCACUUGCACACCCUCACGAUCUCACACUGCCCCAGCCUGGACACAGUGGCUAGCAACAGUUUAUUAGGGCUCAAUCUGACCUCACUGACCAUCAGCCACAGCAACCUCACAGCAAUUCCCUACACAUCCCUUCACCACCUCGUCUACCUUCGUUACCUAGACCUGUCCUACAAUCCCAUCACGAUUGUAAAUGCCAACAUGUUGGGCGACUUGCUUCGGUUGCAAGAGUUCCACCUAGUCGGGUGCAACCUGUUCCGGAUCGAGCCGGGAGCGUUCCGGGGGCUGGCCCACUUUCGGCUGCUCAACGUGUCAUCCAACCACCUGCCUACCUUGGAGGAGGCCGUCUUCCAUUCUGUGGGUAACCUGGAGACCCUGCGGCUGGACGGCAACCCUCUGGCGUGCGACUGCCGUCUUCUGUGGUUGAUGCGUCGCCGCCUACGCCUGAACUUUGAUGGCCACCAGCCGUCCUGCGCUUCUCCGUACCCGGUGCAGGGCCAGGAGUUCUCUGAGGUCUUGCUGCCCGGUAUCUUCACCUGCCGGCCAGCUCGAAUCUUAAACCGGAUGCCCCAAGUGGUCAAGGUUGAGGAGGGCCACACGGUGCUGCUGUUCUGCAGUGGGGACGGAGACCCCAUGCCCAACAUCAUCUGGUUGACCCCGCAGCGGAGGGUCGUGUCGACCAAUGGGCGAAUCCGCGUGCUAAAUAAUGGAACAUUGGAAGUGCGCUACGCCCAGUCACAGGACAAUGGGACGUAUGUAUGUGUGGCAUCCAACGCCGCAGGGAACGACACAGUUCCAAUGCGGUUGCAUGUGCGCGGUUUCUCUACCAAUAGGCCGUCCUCGUUUUUCCUGGGGGGCUGGAAUAGCUCUCCCAAUUCCAACAGAAACCUCAAACCCUACCCCUUUGAUGCCAAGACCUUGAUCAUUGCCAUAACAACGGGCUUCUUUUGCUUUCUCGGCUCAAUGUCCAUCUGCUUUGUCUUCAUGCUGGUCUGGAGCCACACCAAGGGUAAAGUCACGCACACAGCCAUCGAAUUUGUGCCCCCCCGCCUUAACUGGAACAGCGGCGGCGGUAGCUCUGGUGGGGCAGAUGCCGCCAAGUUCUCCAUGAGGCUUAUGUGAUGGCAAGGAUGGAACGUGGACCUUCAUGUGGAGCAGUGGGUGUAAAUGUAGUAACUAAACGACAGCGAUUAAGCCCAUUCAAAGGGGAAAUCCCUAUAAGACUUGCCAUCUUUGAAAUAAUGUACAUGAAAACGUCUCACAAAUUUGACUGUGUGGCCAUGGGACUGUGUACGUCGUGUUUGAUACCUAUAGGUUUGUUUUCAGUUUUAUAUAUGUGUGUGUGUGUAUAUAUAAAUACGAUUCAUUUUUUUAUUCUUGUUUUUUAAGCAUGUAAAUUUAGACGUGAUUACUUUUAUACAUGAAAACCACAAAAACAUUAUCUGAUUAUGUUAAACUGUACAGCAAGUCUGAUUUACUAUAAAGAAAUUGUGUUUGCACAGCGGUCUGUUGGUAAGAGCUAUGUAUCACGUCAGGUUAUAGAAAUCACAUCCUUAAUUGCAUUAAAUUGAAACACACAACUUUUUCACAUGUUUGGAAAUUACAUUUUUGGUUUAUCCCACAAGAAUCCCUGGUGCAAAGUCCACUUUAUUGUUACUAGUUUGAUUUAUGCAGAAGUGAAUAGUUCAGGUCCAGAAAGUGAAAAUCUAGACCAUGAUUUAUUUUCAACCAACCAGUUAAGUAUAAAGAGUCAGAGUCACAGAGCACUUAACAGGAUAGUUGAAACAAAAUCUUGGUCUGGAUUUUUACUUUCUGGGCCUGAACUUCCCAUGUUAUGUUUGAGCCCAAUAAAACUGGCAAGAGACUUUGUUUCGGAUUAGUGUGGAUAUAUGGAACAUAAUUCCAGAUCACUCAGGCCACUUCUUAAUCCUCCUUCACAAAUAGAUCAAGUAUGUUCUUUUAUUGCGGAUUAAUCGUUUGGAUUAGUUCACAAGUUAUUUCAUUAGCGUAUAGAUUUAAUCACAUCAGUCACUAUGGUGUUUUAUAACAAGGAGGAACGUAAUUGAUUAUUCAUGGUGUGAAACUGAAGCUACUCAUUUUCAAAGAAUAUUUAUCCCUCCUGGGGAAAAAACAGCUAAAAACCAUCUUAUGCUGGUCAAGCUGGGAUUCUUAGCUGGGUAUUUUCUCUGCUAUCUUGAUUCAUAAGCUGCGUUUUAUCUUUUUCUUAUUUCGGUCAUUCGGAAAUUCUUACACACUGAAUGUUUCAUGCCUGCAAAUGGCAUCAUGACCCAUGAGUGGACUCUGUGUUCUUUACCAUGACCAUCAAUUUAUAUCAAACCUUGACAUCUGAUAGAAAUUAUAGACUUUAUUAUUAAAAGUCAUGUCAGCCAGGAGUGUUGCUGAAAAUGUAUUAAAAAGGAGGAAAUUGAUUUUAACGAAUGACAACACAAUUUAAACAAAUUACUGCAGAUUUAUUUGGGGGGGGGGGUUAAAGAACAUUUUAGGUGGGGUUAAAACCAUCCUCAAACAACCCUAGCAACGUCCCUGAUGUUACCUGUCUUUUUUUUUUCGUUUACACCAGCAGACAAAAACCUGCAUUAAAUCUUCAUAUUUCUUUG